GUCGAGGUGAUAGGACGUACCACUCGGAGCUCCUCUUCCUUCUGCCCGAGGUCUUGCCGUGAGGUCACCUCGCUAAUGUAAAUAAGAGUCACCGUGAACAACAAGAAGAAAACGGAAGCAAAAUCAGAAAACAGAAGAUCAGUGAACUUAAUGGGAGACUCAAUUAGAAAACAAACACCUAAAGGACUAAAUAUAACACUGUAAUCAGAGAGAACAGGAAGCAAUAAAAUAAAGGAAGUGGAAGAAAUUUAUUAGAAAACAUCUCGGAAUUAUAGACGAAAAUAAAUUAUUAGAACCCGUUUAAAAAUCAGAAUUUGCAGUGUGUUGUCCUUUAAAAGUACAGAAUUUAUGGUGUAUAGAUGACCAAAAGCCCUCUAGGAUAAGUCUAACAACACACUGGCUUGUUAUUGGUCUUGAGCACACACACACAUGCGGUUUAAUAACAAAUCACAAAGUUCGCGGGAAAAAAUCAGAAUAGACUUCUGAGAUUAAAAGGGUGUUGUGAACUCGCUGCUCUGAAAAAAAAAGAAAAGAAGACACUAUAUCUUUCAUUAAUCUCCUCAUCUGGUGUGUAUAGUUUUCUUACCGAGUUGUUAUGAUGUAUAGAAAACGGGAAUAAAAUGAUUCGUUCGUAAAGAAUAAUAAACUUUUGAGAGCAGUGAGUUUAACUUUACGUAGAACUAAUGCAAAGCGGAAUGUGGAAUCUUAACAAGGAUAUAGACAUAUAAAACUGUGUGUUGAACAUUUGAACUCGGAACUAAGCACAGGAAAAGAGAGCUCGGAAUUAAAAAAACAAGGCAUAAAGAAAAUGAUGUUUGGAAUCUUUACUGGAGUUUAAGCACAAUAAAAAAAUGUGCUUAUGUAUAUAUGAGCUGAUUCUUCUAGUGGUUAAGUUAUUGUAAGAUUAAUCGUGUCAGUACUGUUUCAAUGUCAAAAUACUCAAGAAAACUAUAAAACAACAAUGUUUUCAAUAAGAGAAGGAGUAUAUUAUCAUGUGUAUUUAUUAUAUACAACUGAUAUAUUUGUCUGUGAACUUGAUCAGAAAUAGUUGAAGCUUGAAGAUAAUGAUAAUUUACAAGAGUUACUAAGUAAUGUGAACAUAAAAGUAACUUAACUGUUUAUGAUAAUUCAACUGAAUCACAAGAAGACAGGAUUUUGACGCCAACUGGUCAUUUUUCCAUAAACUACGAAAAAUAAUUUGAUACGACUAUGGCGGAACAUUCUUCUCACACCUCCACAUAGGAUAGUCUUGAGAAGCUCGCCACUUCCAUCCUGUGUUUACAUCUUGAGGUCAGUGGGUUGUCGAUGCUCGAUAUUGGCGUCAAGUUGAGACCCAAGAGGAUCCUUUCCAUUUGUGUUGGAGGUCUGAGUAAAGACGUGUUGUUGCAAGAAAACAGUUGGAACAUUUUUGUGGAUUACCAAGGAACAAAACUGAAUUUUAUUAUAUUAAUAAUACAAAGUUUAUAAGAAUUUUCUAAGUAAUAAGGAUAAAAGGUUUUUGUGUGGUGAGGGAGAGACCAGCGUCGUGCAGGUAACCGAAGUGUUAAUAGCGUUGGUGAAGGUGACUGUCUUAUUUAUGGUGACAACAACUUUAUAUAUUUCAUUGCGGAUAAAGAAAAUGGAGUAUUUAUAUGAAAGGGAAAAUAAGAGUUUUCAUUGCUCGUAAAAAGGCAGGAAAAUACAAAAAACGAGAACCAAAUUAAGACAAAAGUUGAGAGUAAGAAAUUGUUCAACUAACUUAACCAAAAUGUAAGUUUGAAACAUAAUAUAAUACACCCGAACAAUUAUUACAAAGUGAAAACAGCGAGAACCACAAAUUAAUGAACUAACUAACCAGACCAGAAUACCUACAUUAUUUAUAGUGACUUAAUAAAUAAAAAUACAACAUGGAAAACUUGGAGAAUAAUUUCUUAAUUUAUCCACACGAGGCGGCAGAUUUACAGUGACGGAGAAAAACGUUUGUAUCGAGAGAGAUAAAGGACACGCAGGUUGGACCAGCCAAGAAAUAUCAACACAAUGCCUCCACUAAUGAACCCAGAGAGCACAGGUGUGGGGGGCCGACUCGGGGCGACGGGGGAGAGCGGCACUACCCAUCAGUAUCUAGACGCCCUCCAUAACGGCACCUUCCCUCCCCUGCAGCACGAGGACGACUAUGACUACGACUUCAAUGAGUCGCUGAGUACCUACUACUGGGACGAGUUGUUGCCGCCCCUCACCGUCUACGUGAUGACUCUCAUGCUGGGGGUACUUGGCAACAGCCUCAUUAUCUACACCAUUGUGAGGUACAGCGGCAUGAAGAGCACCACCAAUGUGUUCCUCGCUUCCCUCGCCUCUGCAGACCUCCUCCUCAUUCUCAUCUGCGUCCCUAUCAAGACGGCCAAGGUGUUCGCCUACUCGUGGACCUUUGGCUGGUUCCUGUGUAAAGGCAUCCACUACCUGCAGAACGUGUCAGCUAUCUGCUCCGUCCUCAACCUUACAGCUAUGAGUAUGGAGAGGUACUACGCCAUCCUGUUCCCCUUCCGCGCCAAGUACAUCCUGACGGUGCACCAAGCUCAGAAGAUGACGGCCCUAGUGUGGGUGCUCUCCAUCCUUCUCUCCACACCUAUUCUUUUCAUCCAGAUCCACAGCCGGGUGGGGGUGCGGGUGGAGUCUUAUUGGUGUCACAGGGACUGGGAGAGGACGUCACUGUGGCAGGCCUACGAGACAUACAUGCUGGUGGUGGUGCUGCUGGUGCCAACACUCAUCAUGGGCUUCGCUUACUCCGCCAUCGGAUACAAACUCACCAAGGUCAUGAUUGAGCGGUCCUCCCUCGUCGGCUCCGGGCAUAGGGUGUCGAGCAGAAGCCGGGAUGACGACCGAGACGUGCGUCAGAUCGUGACGAUGCUGUUCGUGGUGGUGGUGUUGUUCAUCUUGUGUUGGUCACCCCUCCUCGUCACCAACGUUCUCAGAGCCUGGGGGGUCCUGCCCGCCUACGAUCCCAGCUCCUUCUUCAAGCACUUCUACAACACCGUACAUCUACUUGCCUACUUUAACAGCUGCAUCAACCCCAUUGUGUACGGGUUCCUCUCUAAGAACUUCAGGGAGAGCUUCUAUGCAGCGCUGUGUCCGUGUCUACGACCCACGCGACCCCCCGCCCGACAGAUGUCCCUCUCUCACACCAGAACCACGUCAGUAGGGUACAAGGAGAGUUUCCGGUUGAGUGUACGGUACACCAACAGAGCCACCAAUGUCUGAAUGUCUUCAUAUAUUGUGAACUGCCAAGAAUAGCGUUGCCAGCUAUUCCAAUGGUAAGCGUAAUUUGUGUUGAUUACAAUAUAGUCUGUUGGGAAAUAGUCCUACAUAACAAUAGCUGUAGUGAUAGAUCUUGUUAUGGUUGAUUGUAGUACAACUUCCCCUAGAUUCCACACUGAUAUUUGUCUCUUGCACACCCACCCAUUUUUUCCCUCAGUGUGACAACGAUGAACCAAGUUAAAGUUCUUCAUUAACUUGUUUCCUUCUCCCAUGAGGUGAUGCGAGUCGCUAUCCUAAGAAUUUUCUCUUGGUGAAUAACAUUGAGGUGUAUUUUAUUGUCUUCUUCUUUACAAACAAGUAAGUGUACUUUGUAACACCAUGGGUGUAGGAUAAUUAUUUUUAUGGACCUCUGUGUGUAUACUGUAAUGUGUAAAUGUAAUUCACAUAUCAUGUAGACAUAGUAUAGGGUUCUUAUUCAUCAGGGUUCUUAUUCACAAACUGAUGUGAGAAUACAAUAUUUUGUGUGGUCGAAAGCCUACAGUAUACCUCUAUAUAAAAAAAAUAUGGAAAUAUCCGAUACUAUUAAAAUACUGAAAUGUGGCAUAUUUAGUUGUUAUAGUUUCUUCUGCUGAGGACAUUAUAUAGAAAAAUUUAAUUAGAGUUAUGUGUAAAUAAUGAAUAGAUGUACAGUAUAUUAUACGAGUAUAUUAAGUCUGUGUUGUUCUUCACUAUCUUGCACAGUACUGUGGUAGAUACACACACACACACAGUUAUGUAACAAUAUUUUCAGUCUUUUGGCUGCCAUGCUCU